CUCUUCCCUCAACCCUCCCUUUCCUGAAUUCCCCCUCCUCCUCGCUCACCUUAAAACCAUCGUGCAUCACCAUGGCGAGUUGCUCCUUCACUCGCGACCAAGCGACAAGAAGACUAAGAGGUGCAGCAGCGGCAGCAGCGGCAGCUCUAGCAGCAGUGGUGACCACCCCGCUUCUUUCCUCGGGAACCCCGACCGCACUCAUUGGGACCGGGUCGUCUUGUCCGGGAGCCAUGUGGCUCUCCACGGCCACUGGCUCCCGGUCAGACUCCGAGUCCGACGAGGAGGACCUCCCCGUCGGGGAGGAAGUCUGCAAACGCGGCUACCUGCGGAAACAGAAGCAUGGGCACAGGCGCUACUUCGUGCUCAAACUCGAGACUGCUGACGCCCCAGCUCGCCUGGAAUACUACGAAAAUGCCAGGAAGUUCCGGCACAGUGUCCGCGCCGCGGCGGCUGCAGCGGCGGCGGCCGCCUCUGGCGCCGCGAUCCCCCGGCUCAUUCCACCGCGACGCGUGAUCAUCCUAUACCAGUGCUUUUCCGUGAGCCAGAGAGCAGAUGCAAGGUACCGACACCUCAUUGCCCUUUUCACCCAGGACGAGUACUUCGCGAUGGUGGCCGAGAACGAGUCGGAGCAGGAAAGCUGGUACUUGCUGCUCAGCCGCCUCAUCCUCGAGAGCAAGCGCCGCCGCUGCGGCACGCUCCGCGCGCAGCCGGACGGAGAGCCGGCCGCGCUGGCGGCGGCAGCGGCAGCGGAGCCACCCUUCUAUAAAGAUGUGUGGCAGGUAAUAGUCAAACCCAGGGGGCUGGGGCACAGAAAAGAGCUGAGCGGCGUGUUCCGGCUGUGUCUAACCGACGAGGAGGUUGUGUUUGUGAGACUGAACACCGAAGUGGCCAGCGUGGUCGUCCAGCUCCUGAGCAUCCGUCGCUGUGGACACUCGGAGCAGUAUUUCUUCUUGGAAGUAGGCAGGUCCACCGUCAUCGGUCCGGGAGAGCUCUGGAUGCAGGUCGAUGACUGUGUGGUUGCCCAAAACAUGCAUGAGCUGUUUUUGGAGAAGAUGAGAGCCUUGUGUGCAGACGAAUACAGAGCCCGCUGCCGCAGCUACAGCAUCAGCAUCGGCGCCCACCUGUUAACCCUGCUGUCCGCUAGGAGGCACCUGGGCUUGCUGCCGCUCGAGCCGGGAGGCUGGCUCAGAAGGUCCCGCUUUGAGCAGUGUUGCCACCUCAGGGCCAUCGGUGACGGGGAAGACGAGAUGCUUUUCACCAGGCGUUUCCUAACACCCAGCGAGCCUGUGCCCCACUCCAGGCGAGGAAGACUGCACCUGCCCAGAGGGCGCAGGUCAAGGAGAGCGAGUUCAGUGCCGGCCAGCUUUUUUCACCGCUUAGCACCCAGCCCAGCACGUUCCCCGCACCCUGCAGAAGCCCCGAACAAUGGAGCUUGCCUGUCUUCUGAAGUGUCUGGCUCUGGCUCUGGCAACUCUGGGGAGGAAGGCAAUCCCCAGGGCAAAGAAGAUCAGGAAGGAAGCGGAGGCGACUACAUGCCCAUGAACAAUUGGGGCUCAGGAAAUGGCCGGGGCUCAGGAGGUGGCCAGGGCUCAAGUGGCCAAGGCUCCAGUAGCCAUAGCUCGGGAGGAAACCAGUGUUCAGGCGAGGGACAGGGAUCCCGAAGUGGUCAGGGCUCAAGUGGUGGCCAGGGCUCAAAUGGCCAGGGCUCAGGAGGAAACCAGUGCUCUGGAGAUGGCCACAGCACCGCAGGUGGGCAAGGUUCAGGUGGUGGCCAGAGACCUGGAGGUGGGCAUGGCUCAGGUGGUGGCAAGAACUCUGGAGGGGGCAAAGGCUCAGGAAGUGGGAAAGGAUCCGAUGCUGAUGGUGAACGUGGAAAAUCUCUGAAGAAAAGAUCCUAUUUUGGCAAAUUAACUCAAAGCAAGCAACAGCACAUGCCACCACCUCCACCACCUCCUCCUCCGCCCCCACCAGCUGGAGCAACUGGUGGAAAAGGGAAGUCUGGGGGAAGAUUCCGACUUUAUUUUUGUGCUGACAGAGGAGCCACAAAAGAGCGCAAAGAAGCCAAAGAAGUGAAAGAUGCAGAGAUCCCAGAAGGUGCAGCUCGAGGUCCCCACAGAGCCAGAGCUUUUGAUGAAGAUGAGGAUGACCCAUACGUGCCAAUGAGGCCAGGGGUGGCUGCCCCUCUUGUAAGCUCCAGUGAUUAUAUGCCAAUGGCUCCUCAAAAUGUCUCUGCUUCAAAAAAGCGCCACUCUCGAUCCCCUUUUGAAGAUUCAGGAGGGUACAUGAUGAUGUUUCCCAGAGUGAGCCCACCACCUGCUCCCAGUCCUCCAAAAGCACCUGAUACUAAUAAAGAGGAUGACUCAAAGGACAAUGACAGUGAGAGUGACUACAUGUUUAUGGCUCCUGGAGCCGGUGCAAUUCCAAAAAACCCCAGAAAUCCUCAGGGUGGCUCUUCCUCCAAAAGUUGGAGCUCCUACUUCUCUCUACCAAACCCUUUUCAGAGCUCACCUUUGGGACAGAGUGACAACAGUGAGUAUGUGCCAAUGUUACCUGGAAAGUUCCUGGGGAGGGGCCUAGACAAAGAAGUCUCCUAUAACUGGGGCCCCAAAGAUGCAGCUUCAAAGCCUUCAGGUGAGGGAUCAUUCUCAAAGCCUGGAGAUGGGGGAUCACCUUCAAAGCCUUGGGAUGAUGGGUCCCUAAAGAAUAAGGCUAAGAGACCUAACCGACUUUCUUUUAUUACAAAAGGAUAUAAAAUCAAGCCAAAACCACAAAAGCCCACACGUGAACAGAGAGAAGCUGACAGCUCUCCUGACUACGUCAACAUCGACUUCGCUAAAAGAGAGAGCAAUACACCAGCUCCCUCUACUCAAGGACUACCAGGUUCGUGGGGCAUAAUUGCUGACCCCAGACAGUCAGCCUUUUCUAAUUAUGUGAAUGUUGAGUUUGGAGUACUAUUUCCAAAUCCAGCAAACGACUUCUCCGAUCUUUUCAGAGCUAUACCACGUGCCAACCCCUUAUCUCUGGACAGUGCUAGGUGGCCACUUCCUCCCCUUCCCCUGAGUGCUACAGGUAGCAAUGCUAAUGAGGAAGAGGGUGACUACAUUGAAGUAAUUUUCAACUCAGCAAUGACACCAGUCAUGCCUCUUGCUGACAGUGCCAUUCGCUACGAUGCUGAAACAGGUCGAAUCUAUGUGGUCGACCCAUUUUCUGAGUGCUGUAUGGAUAUUUCUCUCUCCCCCAGCCGAUGUUCUGAACCACCACCUGUAGCUAGGCUGCUGCAGGAGGAAGAGCAGGAGAGAAGACGCCCACAAAAUCGUUCUCAAAGUUUCUUUGCAGCAGCCAGAGCCGCUGUCUCUGCUUUUCCAACAGACAGCCUCGAGAGAGACCUUUCCCCAUCCUCAGUCCCGGCGGUUACUUCGGCUGCAGAGCCGACUUUAGCGGUCAGCCAAGUUGUAGCUGCGGCCUCCGCGCUCGCCGUAGCCCGGGGCAUCGGCGCAGCAGCCGCCGCUGCUGGAUUUGACUCCGCCUCUGCCCGCUGGUUUCAACCUGUUGCUAAUGCUGCUGAUACCGAAGCAGUAAGGGGAGCCCAAGACGUUGCCGGUGGCUCGAACCCCGGAGCCCACAACCCAUCUGCAAACCUUGCCAGAGGUGAGAACCAGGCUGGCGGGGCUGCCGCUGCAGCUGCCGCUCCCGAACCACCACCUCGCAGUCGCCGGGUGCCAAGACCCCCGGAGAGAGAAGAUACUGACGACGACGACGACACUUACGUGAGAAUGGAUUUUACCAGACCUGAUAACCAGUUCGACUCUCCCAAAAGAGGUCGGUAA